GAAGUGACAGCUUGUGUGUGAAGUGAUGUGAGGAGGGAGGAUUGUUCAUUGAAGAUAAUACUCUGAAGCUGUAAAGAGGUGACGCUGGGAAGGACGUUUCUUCCGGUCUUCAGCUAAGGUAGACAUGGCAGACAAGUGGAAGGGAUGUCUGGAGUUUGCUCUUCAAGUAGCAAGGAACGCUGGUGCUAUGGUACGCACAGCACUGAAGGAUGAGGUGUCAGUGAUGACGAAGAGCUCGCCAGCAGACCUGGUGACAGUCACUGACCAGAAGGUAGAAGAGAUGAUAAUCUCAUCCAUCAAGGAGAAAUAUCCAACGCACAGCUUCAUUGGUGAGGAGUCUGUAGCAGCAGGUCAAAAAAGCAUAUUAACCGAUAACCCAACGUGGAUUAUUGACCCCAUCGAUGGCACCACUAACUUUGUACACAGGUUUCCAUUUGUGGCAAUCUCUAUUGGAUUUGCUGUGGGCAAGCAGGUAGAAUUCGGAGUUGUGUACAGUUGUAUUGAAGACAAGAUGUACACUGGCAGAAAAGGAAAAGGAGCCUUUUGUAAUGGUCAGAAAUUGCAAGUCUCUAAACAGAAAGAUAUAACCAAAUCCAUGAUUAUCACAGAGCUUGGAUCAAAUCGUAACCCAGAGGUCAUUAAAAUGAUUCUAUCCAACAUGGAGAGACUGCUGUGUAUUCCAAUCCAUGGGAUCCGUGCAGUGGGCACAGCAGCUGUGAACAUGUGUCUGGUGGCUACUGGAGGAGCUGAUGCUUAUUAUGAGAUGGGAAUCCAUUGCUGGGAUAUGGCUGCAGGAUCGAUUAUAGUUACAGAGGCUGGUGGAGUCCUCCUGGAUGUGAAAGGGGGACCAUUUGACCUGAUGUCCUGCAGAGUGAUUGCAGCCAGCAGCACAGAAAUUGCGGAGAGAAUCUCCAAGGAGCUCCAGCUUAUACCAUUAGUGCGGGACGAUGAGAACACAAAGUAGAUCUAUUUGUUGGAUAUACUGUAUUCACUUUGCACUCUAGAGUCACUCAGGUGGACAUGCCACCUCUAUAUGCAACCAUUUGGGGAUUUUACCUU